CGGGUUGGGUUGCGCCGGGGCGUAUGUCUCGGCGGGGCUGGCGGCGGGUUCAGCCCUCGGCGGGGCCGCCGCCAUGGACGCAGCUACUCUUACCUAUGACACUCUCAGGUUUGAAUAUGAAGACUUCCCUGAGACCAAAGAGCCUGUUUGGAUCCUAGGCAGGAAAUACAGUGUUUUUACAGAGAAAGAAGAGAUCCUGUUGGAUGUGACCUCUCGGCUGUGGUUCACCUACAGAAAGAACUUCCCUGCCAUUGGAGGAACUGGUCCCACAUCUGAUACAGGCUGGGGCUGCAUGCUGCGCUGUGGCCAGAUGAUCUUUGCUCAGGCCUUGGUCUGCAGGCAUUUGGGAAGAGACUGGAGGUGGAUAAAAGGCAAGAGGCAGACAGAUAAUUACUUCAGUGUUCUUAAUGCCUUCAUAGACAAAAAGGACAGCUACUACUCCAUUCACCAGAUAGCCCAGAUGGGAGUUGGAGAGGGGAAAUCCAUCGGUCAGUGGUAUGGACCAAACACAGUUGCACAAGUGCUUAAAAAGCUUGCCACUUUUGAUACAUGGAGUUCACUGGCAGUACAUAUAGCCAUGGAUAACACUGUUGUGAUGGAAGAGAUCAGGCGGUUGUGCCAGUCCAACUUCUCCUGUGCUGGAGCUGCAGCAUGCCCUGCUGUAGAGGCAGACGUGCUCUAUAAUGGGUACCCAGAGGAAGCAGGGGUUAGAGAUAAGCUCUCACUGUGGAAACCAUUGGUGCUGCUGAUACCUCUCCGCCUUGGGCUCACAGAGAUCAAUGAAGCCUAUAUUGAAACACUAAAGCACUGCUUCAUGAUGCCCCAGUCCCUCGGAGUGAUCGGAGGCAAACCAAACAGUGCUCACUACUUCAUUGGUUAUGUAGGUGAGGAGCUCAUUUACCUGGAUCCCCACACCACACAGCCUGCAGUGGAGCCCAGUGACAGUGGCUGUCUCCCCGAUGAAAGCUUCCACUGCCAGCACCCUCCCUGCAGAAUGAGCAUCGCUGAGCUCGACCCCUCCAUUGCAGUGGGCUUCUUCUGCCACACAGAGGAGGACUUUAAUGAUUGGUGCCACCAAAUCAAAAAGCUGUCCCUGGUAAGAGGAGCUCUGCCCAUGUUUGAACUGGUUGAACGCCAGCCAUCACAUUUCUCCAACCCUGACAUUCUGAAUCUCACACCAGAUUCCUCCGAUGCCGACAGAUUGGAAAGGUUCUUUGACUCAGAAGAUGAAGACUUCGAGAUCUUAUCCCUUUGAAAACAAAUAGGAAACUGACUCUGCAAAUUUGUGUUAUGUGUGGGGAGAAGUGGGGGGAGGGAAGCUCCUUGGAGAGCCUGGGGCUACCGGUUUUCAUAGGUGCUUGCUGCCAUCCCUGCCUCUUGUCCAUCCUGACAUUCUGUGCAGCCUCUGAGUGGAGCGUGCAUUGUCUGCGUUGGGAUGAAGAACCAAGUGGUGUUGCAGCCUUACUGGCUGGAGUUGGGAUUUCUCAGCAGAAAACGCCUGCUGGGAGUGGAUGCAGUGGUGCCUAGGAGUUCAAAGCCUAUCUGUUACAUCAGCAGGUCAGUUGGCCUUCUGGGGAGCCAUAGAAAUCUUUAGAGCGCUAAAUCCUUACACGGGGACUUCCCUCUGAAGCUUAAGUAGAGCCACCCCUCAUUUAGUAGGUGACACGUAUAGUUAUUUCCUUUAGCAGCUUCUCUUCUCAGCAGCCGAUUUGGACUGCAGCUCACAAUGCAAAUAACAGCAGACAUGUCCCAGUGAGGCAGCUGUGAAGCACCCAGAGCGCAGGUGGCUCUGUUUCCUACAGUGAAACUCCUGUCCAUGCUUUGCAGUGCACAGCGCUUUCUCACAGGUAUAGUCGCCCUCUCCUGCUCACAUCCUGUCAAAAGGGAGCUGGGGUAACUUAUGAAUGAGGGCUAAUUCAAUAAGCAAAAGGCUGUCUGGGGAAGUAUGGACCUGUGCUGCUGGAGAGGAACAUCACCAUCUCAACUAACAGCAGAAGGAAGGGAAGGAGAAUAGAAAAUGUGUGUGUUCUAGCUGAGUGAGUUGGUAACACGCUGUGCUUCUACUAUGGAUUUAUGUCCAUACCAAGUAUCUUCAGGAAAGGUGCUUUGAGCAAAGAACUGGAAUCCACAGGCCCUGGGGGGAAAAAAAGCCCACUGCAGGGGAGAGGUAAAACAGGACAACUGAGAUUUGCCAGCCACGUCCCAGUGUGCAGGCAUAGCAUCUAGUGAAUAAUCCUGUUGAAGUGGAGAAAAAAAGUUACACAAUUCCUCAAGGAAUCCUCUGCUCUGUGGGUUGCUGAGCAGUUCCUCCAGCUAUUCCUGUUAGACAUUCCCUUUCCAAACCAGAAAAGAUGCCUGAAGGUUGAGUAGGCUUCAUAGCUGCGUUGCUACCUUUCCAUUUGCUCUUCUGCAAGCUCCUCUACCUGCAGAGUUUGCACAGGGCAAGGUGCUGCAGGAGCUAACCCAUAGAACCCCAUUUCCAGUAGUCGUGCCAAAGAAGUCAGCAAAGACAGAAUGUCUUGAGAAGAUCCAACAUGAUGCUAGAAGUUGUAGCUGCUUUAAGAUAACAGCUCUGCUGCACAAACAGAAAGGUAAACCAUGGAGGAGAACUGAAUGCAAGCUGCAACAGAAUGUUGCCUAAGUAGUUUCCUUAGUGCAUGCUGCAGACUGCAGAUCUGUUUACAAGGUUUGUUUUGUACAUACAGGAUUGGAACCUAUCAGUUAAUGCUUAUGUGCCCAAGGGUGGUGACAGCUGGUUAGAAAUUACUCAUUUUCCUCCGUGACUGACCUACUGAUGCUCUAACUGUCCCUAUGCUACCCAAAAGCAGAGGUUUGAACUGGGAACCACAAUGCUUCUGUCACUAAAUUAUUAUUUGCUGCUUUCUGCCUGCUUCUCCUCUUCUCUCUUGUAGUUAGGGGAAGAGGCAGCAGAGGAACUGGGGCUGUGCUCCAUUCAUCUGCUUUCAAUUUGUAUCUGAAUAAACAGAUCUAAAAUCUUU